AAAAUUUGGUAUUGGGUCAGGUCAAACAAGUCGGGUUUUUUUUAACACUUCUACAUCCUACUGUCUAUGGACAGCAUAUUUCAUCUUUCUAAAAACCUAAACCUCUCUGCAUCACCGUUACACCUCGCGAAGCACUCAGGCCUUUAAAACAACAGGUUCUUGAUUUGGUUUCAGUAGCAACACUUUGAAGAGCAAGAUGGCAAAGCCGAAUCCCAAGGUUUUUUUUGACAUUCUGAUUGGGACUAAGAAGGCUGGUCGAGUUGUUAUGGAGCUCUUUGCUGAUGUUACCCCCAAAACGGCUGACAACUUCCGUGCUCUAUGCACUGGGGAGAAAGGAAUUGGAAAAGCUGGGAAGCCACUCCAUUAUAAGGGCUCAGCAUUUCACCGAAUCAUCCCAGAUUUCAUGUGCCAGGGUGGGGAUUUCACCCGGGGAAAUGGAACUGGAGGAGAAUCAAUUUAUGGUUUGAAGUUUGCAGAUGAGAACUUCAAGUUGAAGCACACAGGACCCGGUAUUCUCUCUAUGGCAAAUGCUGGACCAAACAGUAAUGGCUCACAGUUCUUUAUUUGCACUGCAAAGACAUCAUGGCUAGAUGGAAAGCACGUGGUAUUUGGUAAAGUUGUCGAAGGUUAUAAUGUGGUUACGGAUAUGGAGAAACAGGGCAGUGACGAUGGAAGAACUAAAUGUCCAGUGGUCAUAGAAGACUGUGGGCAGCUACCUGAUAAUUGAUUAGAAAUCAUCAGAAGUGCUUUAGAAAGUAAGUGCCCUUCGCAGUAUUCUGAGUAGUGAUGUUUGAAUCUUGAUUAGUCUUCAUGUAUCUUAUAAUAGGUCAUCCAAGAAACAAGAAAUUUGUUGCUAGAUAAAUUACAUGUACUUUCAUUAGAGUGUUAGCUUUUAAUGGCUUUAUUUCAGGCGUUGGGUUAGAUAUUGGCAAUUGCCCUGUUCCAUUUGUUUCAAGUUAAUACAUUAAUUUCUUGUUUCCUGAGUAUGUGAUGCAAUGGGAAAAGGAAAUCUCUGGUCUGUUUUUCUA